AUGAGUACAAUUGCUUACCGAGGCUCACCCACCAGCAUCUUUCUCACUCAGGGGUCUGUUAUUUUCCCUUCUCCUAGUCUUUCGGAUUCAUUUCUUUUUCCACCUGUUAUGUUUAAUGCACCUUUUCUUCAUUCGACUCUCUCACUCACUCUCUCACUCUCUCUCUCUCACACACACUCUUUCUCUCUCUCGCUCUCUCUCUCUCACACUCUUUCUCUCUCACUCUCUCUCUCGCUCUCUCUUUCACAUUCUUUCUUCCUCUCUCCCUCUCACUCUCUCUCUUUAUCUCUCUCUCUCUAUCUCUCUAUCUCACUCUCUCUUUCUCCUUCUUUUUCUCUUUCUCUCUAUCUCACUCUCUCUUUCUCCUUCUUUUUCUCUUUCUCUCUCUCUGUUUCUUUCAGUCUUUCUUUCUUUCUUCUCAGGGCCUUUGUUUUUGUUUUUUUUGGCAUUUUUAGAGUUUCAAAAAAGGAAGACGUAUAUUUAUCUGUUUGCUUGUUUCCUUCUUUUUUAUUCAAACGUAUUUUCGUUUUUUUUAUCUUGCUUUUUAUUUUUUCUUUCUUUCUUCUUAACUCUCCUACAUAUUUGCAUUUUUUAAAUUUAUUUAUUUUUAUUUUGUUUCUUUUUUUCUCCAAUUCUUUCUUUCUUUCUUUCUUUCUUUCUUUCUUUCUUUCUUACACUUCUACAAUCUUUCAUUUUGAUUUUGUAUUGUCUUUCUUUCUUUCUUUCUUUCUUUCUUUCUUUCUUUUUUUCUUAUUCCUAUAUAAUUUCAUUUUUAUCUUACUUUUUCUUUUUUUUCUUUGGUUCUUUCUUUCUUUCUUUCUUUCUUUCUUUCCUUCUUUCUUUCUUAUCCUUCCUACAUACUUUCAUUUUGAUUUUGUAUUGUCUUUCUUUCUUUUUUUCUUUCUUUCUUUCUUUCUUUCUUUCUUUCUUUCUUUCUUUCUUUCUUUCUUUCUUUCUUUUUUUCUUAUUCCUAUAAUUUCAUUUUUUAUCUUACUUUUCUUUUUUUUCUUUGGUUCUUUCUUUCUUUCUUUCUUUCUUUCUUUUCCUUCUUUCUUUUCUUAUCCUUCCUACAUACUUUCAUUUUGA